CCAAGCUCAACUGGAUUGUUUGGACGCGCAUAUAUAUAGCGUUUAAAGUUGCAUGUUUCACUUAGUUCUACAUAAGUUUAAAAAUAAUAAUAAACAAAGAAAAAAGAAAAAGGCCACAAUGGCUAGGAUAAGGUAAGCACUUGAAGAAGCUGAGCAUGUUAUAGCAAGGAAGCGCCUGCUUUUGCAAAUCUUUUCAAGUAAGCUUGUUGGUGAAAUGGACGGUGGAGAUCAACGACGCAGAAGGUGGUCAAACAUUAAACAGCGUUUAAAAUUGAAGUCCAUGGGCUGCUGUGGGCCCAUGUGGAGCACUGCCAUUCCUCCUCCUCCUCCUCCUCCUCCUCCUUCAACGCUUCAAGAAGAACAAGAAGAGGAAGAAGACCAUCAACUUAUUAUUCAAACUGAAACCGCACCAGUGCUCAUCAAUGUGGGUCCCACUUCAUCCGCUCCUCUGCCAGUCCCAGGUAUGAACCUUGCAACGGCAUUAGCGGCCGAGCGCAAUUCACGGGUGGGAAAGGCGUGUGGUCCCACAUCAUCUGGGGCUGGCCGCGUAAAGUCUUUGAUGAGACUUAUCGAAGAGACGGACGGUCCACGAUUGAAUAAAAGGAGGAAGAGAGACGAGGGACGCGACGAUACUGAUUGGAUGUGCUGCGUCUGCAUGGAAAGAAGUAAAGGUGCGGCUUUUAUUCCCUGCGGCCACACGUUUUGUAGGGUCUGCUCCAGGGAAUUGUGGGUCAACCGCGGCUCCUGUCCUAUCUGCAUCCGUUCGAUCAUCGAGAUCCUUGAUAUCUAUUAAGAUCUAUGUUUCAUCUUAACGCGGCUCCAGGGAUUUUUUCUUUUAUCAUUAUAUCACGUGGUUUUGGCUUGCUCUCAGUCUUUGCUAAUGACAAAUUGACACCGCACGUACUAUAUUCUUCAUAUUUUAGUGCGAAUUUGGCAAAUUUUUAAUAGGAGUAAAUUAAAAUGCACGGUAUAUAAAAAAGGGCAAAAAAAAAUAAUCUUAAAUUUAGUGGAAAAGUAGCAAAUUGUCUUUGUUGUUCUUUCUUUUCUGUAUAUGCGGUAAUAAUAUAUUUUUUGAUAAAUAUUA